AUGGAUGAAGAUUUGCUGUUAAGUUUUUCAGAUGGAACAUCCAGCGGGCUAGAAGAAACUGCAAUUCUAAAAAUGAACAGAGAAAUGCAGAAUAAACUGCAUGAAGAGUACUUAGACAUUAUGAGCAAACUGGAUGUGCUGGUAAUCUUAAGAAAGCAAUUAGCAGAGCACAAAAAGAAAACAAAAAAGAAGAGGCUUCCUUCUGGCUUAAAAAAACCAGUGCAUCAACACCUAACAGGGCACGCCGAUCUAGAAACAAACCGGCCAACAGAAGGAGAUAACAUUCUUUCCCAAAUAAAUGCAUAUUUUAUUGCAGAGAAAGUGUUCUUGCCGGAUGUAAAGCAUUCUGUAUGGCCCAUUGUAUCUAAGCACAUAGGGCGACCAGUUAUAGAAUGUAUGGAAUUAUGGUACCACCCGCGCAAUCCAGCGUAUAGGCAGGAUAAAUUCCAGCCAGAGGAAGACAAAGAAAUAAAAAAGAACAAGGAGAACUGGGAAGAAACCUGUAAAACCGUGAGGAGAGCGCCUAUAUCUGUAUACUCCAGGUAUUUAGAAUUAGAAGGGAGUAAGCCUACUUCCCAGUGGACAGAGGAAGAAGACUUAAAACUCACACAAUUAGUUCAAUCAGAGGGGAAGAAGAGCUGGACAGAAAUAGCCACAGAUUUUGAGAAUAAAACAGCAAAGCAGUGUAUGUACAGGUACAAAAGAGUGCUAAACCCAAUUAUAAAACACGGGAAAUGGUCAAAGAAAGAGGACGAAGCUCUUUUAGAAGGUGUGAGAAUGCAUAAAAAAGGUAACUGGAAAGAAGUGUGUAAAUACGUUCCAUCAAGGACACAAUUCCAGUGCAGAGAAAGGUUUGUAUAUUAUUUAGACCCAGCAAGGAACAACAGUCCAUGGACGCCUGAGGAAGAUGAAAAGCUUCUUAAAGCCAUAAACGACUCAAAGAAGCCCGUGUGGAGUAAAGUAGCAAAAGAGCUAGCCGGGAGAACUGAUAGACAGUGCAGAAUUAGAUAUUUUCAAAUUAAUAGAAAUAAUUCAAAUUCGCCCGAAGCAACAGAAUAAAAAUAUGAUGGA